CUGUUCUAAUCGGCCAGCCCAUCACUAAGUGAGACCGUACUCAACGUGCAACAACGCAAAUUGCUCCAGAAAUUUACUGAAAGAAAUAACUUCUAACAAUCUAACAAACUCCAAAAUGGGAAAGAAAAACAAAUUCAAGCCAGAGGAGCCGAAGCCCGCAGCUCCUGCACCAGCACAACAACAACAACAAAGUGCAGCACAACAGGCAGCACCCCGGGCAUCCACCAGUUCCGGAGCAUCUGGAUCUGGUGGCCAACAGGGCGGUGGAGGAUGGCAGAAGCAGGGCGGACAAGGAGGACAGGCAGGCCAAUCAUGGGGCAGUCAGCAAAAACAAUCCCAGGGACAGCAAUCCCGUCCGCCACUUCAGCAACAGAGGGCUCCAGGUGGCAACCAGCAAGGACAACAGGGACAGGGAGGACAAGGUGGCUACCAGCAAGGACAACAGGGACAGGGAGGACAAGGUGGCUACCAGCAAGGACAACAGGGACAGGGAGGACAAGGUGGCUACCAGCAGCGUCAGCAAGGACAAGGUGGCUACCCGCAACGUCCUCAAGGACAACAGGGACAGGGCGGACCAGGUGGCUACCAGCAAGGACAACAGGGACAGGGAGGACAAGGUGGCUACCAGCAGCGUCAACAAGGACAAGGUGGCUACCAGCAAGGACAACAGGGACAGGGAGGACAAGGUGGCUACCAGCAGCGUCAGCAAGGACAAGGUGGCUACCCGCAACGUCCACAAGGACAACAGGGACAGGGCGGACAAGGUGGCUACCAGCAAGGACAACAGGGACAGGGAGGUCAAGGUGGCUACCAGCAGCGCCAACAAGGACAAGGUGGCUACCAGCAGCGUCAACAAGGACAAGGAGGACAAGGUGGCUACCUGCAACGUCCACAAGGACAACAGGGGCAGGGCGGACCAGGUGGCUACCAGCAGCGUCCACAAGGACAGCAAGGUGGCCAAGGACAGCAGCAGCAAUUGUUGCCUCAGCCGGCGGGCAGCAUUAAGCGAGGAACAAUAGGCAAACCCGGCCAGGUGGCCGUUAACUAUCUGGACAUAGACAUGUCAAAAAUGCCACCUAAAGCCUACCACUACGAUGUGAAAAUCAUGCCUGAACGGCCAAAGAAGUUCUACAGACAGGCCUUCGAACAGUAUCGAAUCGAUCAGUUGAAGGGCGCAAUAGCCGCCUUUGAUGGCAGAGCCUCCUGCUACGCAGUGGACAAGCUGCCACUAACGACCCAAAACUCGGAGGUCACUGUGACAGAUCGCAAUGGUCGCACUCUAAAAUACACGGUGGAAAUAAAGGAGACGGUUGAUUCGGAAGUCGAUCUGAUGUCACUGAAUAGUUAUAUGAAGGAGCGGAUCUUCGACAAGCCAAUGCGAGCCUUACAGUGCAUGGAGGUGGUGAUGGCUUCACCCUGCCACAACAAGGCCAUUCGCGCCGGUCGCUCCUUUUUUAAGAUGGCCGAACCCGGUCAGCGCCGGGAACUGGAUGAUGGCUACGAGGCCCUGAUCGGUCUUUAUCAAGCUGUAAUCCUGGGCGACAAGCCAUUCCUAAAUGUAGACAUAUCGCACAAAUCUUUUCCUAUUGCCAUGACAGUAAUCGAGUAUUUGGAGCGAUAUGGUCUAAAGACGAAGAUUAACAACACUACCAACCUGGAUAAUUCACGGCGCUACAUAGAGCCGUACCUUAAGGGGAUAAAUGUGGUUUACACACCACCUCAGUCUUUUGCUACCGCUCCAAGGGUCUACAAAGUAAACGGACUUUCUCGGAGCCCGGCCUCCAGCCAGACCUUCGAGCAGGAGGGGAAGAUGAUCACAAUUGUCGACUAUUUCAAGAGUCGCAACUUUAAGCUGCAGUUUCCCCAGCUUCAUUGCCUGCACGUCGGUCCUCCGAUGAAGAAUAUCUUGCUGCCCAUCGAACUGUGCUCCAUCGAGGCAGGGCAGCCUUUAAAUCGCAAGGAUGGAGCGACUCAGGUGGCCAACAUGAUUAAGUUUGCUGCCACCUCGACGAACGAGCGAAAGGGAAAGAUUAUGCAUUUGCUGAAAUUCUUCCAGCACAACUUGGAUCCGACCAUCAGUCGCUUCGGCAUCCGCAUCGCCAACGAUUUUAUUGUGGUAAGCACCCGGACCCUCAACCCACCGCAGGUGGAGUACCAAGGCAACAAAUGGUGUGGAGUUAGGAACGGAUCGUGGCGCAUGGAUAACAUGAGGUUCCUGGAGCCCAAGCAGAAAUCUCACAAGUGGGCGAUAGUGUACUACGAUCCGCCGCAUGGUCGCAAGAUGCACUUCAACCAGGUGGGCGAGCUUGAGCGCCAAAUGUUAAACCAAAGCAAGUUGGUUAACGUGAGUCUGGCUGACAAGGCAGAAUUUAGGACGUUCAAGGACGAGCGUAACCUGGACGAUGUUUUCGGUGAUCUGAAGCGCAGCCAGUUCGAUCUUGCGUUUGUGAUCAUUCCCCAGUUCGGGGCAUCAUAUGACAUCAUUAAGCAGAAGGCAGAGCUGCAGCACGGCAUUUUGACGCAGUGCAUCAAGCAGUUUACCGUUGAACGGAAGCUUAAUGUGCAGACCAUCGUAAAUAUCCUACUCAAAGUGAACUCCAAGCUAAAUGGCAUCAACCACAAGCUCAAGGAUGACCCCAGGUCAAUGCUUAAGAACGCCAUGUACUUGGGAGCCGAUGUGACCCACCCCUCGCCCGAUCAGCGGGAGAUUCCCAGUGUGGUGGGCGUGGCAGCCUCACACGAUCCUUACGGAGCCGCUUACAACAUGCAAUAUCGGCUUCAACGUUCAGCUCUGGAGGAGAUCGAGGAUAUGGAGUCGAUCACAUUGGAGCACUUGCGCGUUUAUCAACAGUACCGAAAGACCUACCCGGAGCAUAUUCUUUAUUACCGCGAUGGCGUAAGCGAUGGCCAGUUUCCAAAGAUCAAAAACGAUGAGCUUAGAGGCAUUUAUGCGGCCUGUGCCAAGGUGGGCAUCAAGCCCAAGGUUUGCUGUGUGAUCGUGGUGAAACGUCACCACACUCGCUUUUUCCCCAAUGGGGAGCCCUCGCAGUACAACAAGUUCAACAACGUGGACCCCGGAACCGUGGUCGAUCGCACCAUCGUGCAUCCCAACGAGAUGCAGUUCUUCAUGGUCAGCCACCAGUCCAUCCAGGGCACGGCCAAGCCGACGCGCUACAAUGUGAUUGAGAACACGGGAAAUUUGGACAUCGACCUGUUGCAGCAGUUGACCUACAAUCUGUGCCACAUGUUCCCCCGUUGCAAUCGCUCGGUUUCGUAUCCGGCUCCUGCCUACUUGGCUCACUUGGUGGCAGCACGCGGUCGCGUUUACCUCACUGGCUCCACUAGGUUCCUGGAUUUAAAGAAGGAAUACGCGAAGCGCACAAUUGUGCCCGAGUUCAUGAAGACAAACCCCAUGUACUUCGUCUAAGCAACGAGUAAAACUCAUUUCAAUUUUAUAAUUUUUAUAAUUAUCACAUUUCUUAAACCAUAUACAUAUACAUCAGAUGUAAGGGGAAGUACUCUGUCGAUUGCACUAUGAGCUUGGUUUUGUGAUGUCCUGAAUUGAGCUACAUUCAUUUUUUUUACAAUUGGUUUUGGGCAAUCCUGGACAUCAGUGAGAUGGGGAAGCCCAUAGUGGAAUCACAGGGUGCGCUCCUUAUUUUGGGCAUAUUAAUAAUCGUUAAAUAAACAUAAAAAAUAAACUCAACUAACUU